CAGUGAAUGUAACAUCAGUGUGGACCAAUAGGACGCAGCAGCCAGAGACACGUCGUCGUUUCGUACGUCAGAUACGUCAGCCUGCAGGUAGAGACCUCGGCAGGUAGAUCACUGACUUCACCGGACUUGAACUCCAGGAUGGUUGUCGCUGACUCUCCGUGCUCGGACACAGGGACCAUCCUUCGUGUCAGGGGCCCGCUGGAGCUCACAUGUCGGCUGGACAGCACAGAUGCGCUGCACACGCACAAAGUCAUCUCGAGAACAUUUCAGACGCUUCACUCUCAGGUGAAAUCUGAAUCCUGUGUUCUAACCGUCUGUGACAGUCCCGUUAUUAUUUGGCCAAACAGAGGCAUUCAUGCAACACCUGAAGAAAUCUCUCCAGACACGCUGUGUGAAGACUUGCAUCAGUGGAUACAGACGGAUGAACAGGAGAGUGCCGGCAAGAGAUCUGCAAAAAAGAAAAGCAAAAAAAGUUCAGCAGUGAAUGUCAUCAACCUUCGCCUGAUGAUGGAGGUGACGAAGACUGGCCCUGUUUCAGCUCCGAUCCUCAGCAAAACAGUCCAGAAAUCCCAUUUCCUGUCUACAACUCUUCCCAUAGACUGUGUCAUCCGAACCACCUGCAACGACACAAUCAAAGAUGCCUUUGAGCGCCUGUUGGCGGCGCUGACUCAUCAGCUGUGUGAGAUGGAGAAAGUGACCCUGCAGCACAUGAAGGGGACCUCACUAGUGAAACCUGAACCGCUCCACUUCCUCCUUCCAGAGCCAAAAGGACUUGUGACAGUGGUUUACCCAGCAGGAGUCCCUGACAGCCAACUAGAGACACAACGCAAGGAAUUGCAUCAACAGUUCGAGCUGCCAGAUGACUGGCCCUUUUUUAGAAGAGCCAACGCUUACCACUUUCCCAAUGAACCCUACAAAGAUGGUUACCUUCGAAACCCUCACCUAUUCCUCACACAUCCCACCCUGGAAAAUGGAAAGGUGUACUUGGUCCAGGGGAUCUACAGCUACCACCACUACAUGCAGGAUCAUAUGGAUGACAAUGGUUGGGGCUGUGCUUAUCGCUCCCUGCAGACCAUCUGCUCCUGGUUCCAGCAGCAAGGCUACACAGAGCGGCCUGUGCCCACACACAAGGAGAUCCAACAGGCUUUGGUGGAUGUCGGAGACAAACAGGCGUCCUUUGUCGGAUCACGGCAGUGGAUCGGAUCCAUCGAGGUUCAGGCUGUUCUGAACCAGCUGCUUGAGGUCACUUCCAAGAUCAUGUUUGUGAGUCAAGGUUCGGAGUUGGCCUCCAAAGGCAGAGAACUGGCCAACCACUUCCUUACCGAAGGAACUCCUAUCAUGAUUGGAGGGGGAGUUUUAGCUCACACUAUUCUAGGUGUGGCGUGGAGUGAGACCACCGGGCAGAUCCGAUACCUCAUCUUAGAUCCACAUUACACCGGAGCAGAGGACUUACAGGUUAUCACAGACAAGGGCUGGUGUGGCUGGAAAGGACCAGAGUUUUGGGAUCAAACUGCUUAUUAUAAUCUGUGUCUGCCUCAGAGGCCGAAGAUCAUCUGAACUUUCA